AUGUUUAUCAAGAUGGCAAUCAAGGAUCAUUUUAAGACUUUGGAAAUCCCACGUUCAUGCAAUGAAGAUGACGUCAAGAAGGCCUACAGAACACUUGCUAAGAAAUAUCAUCCUGACAAAAAUGACGCGUCAAAUGCUGAAGAGAAGUUUAAAGAAAUUGGUGCUGCAUAUGAAAUACUGAAAUCCAAAGACAGACGGGAGAUAUAUUUAAGGUCACUCCAGAGACAAGAGGAUGAGGAAAGGCAACCAAAGUCGUCCCAAAGCAAUAGCAACACAACAUCCUGGAGAUCAGAACAUAGCUCCAACCAAAGCAAUGGUAGUAAAAACAAUACAAGCACGGGUGCGUCAAGUGGUGGGACCACUGGACAAACGGGUUCAAGCAGUAAAGGAACACAAAAUAAAUCAAAUGAAAGCCAAAGUAAACAUAAGGCAAACAAAAGCAAGACAAGUGCAAAUGAAGGAACGCCUUAUACCAAGCAGGGAAAAACAGAAAAAUCCCAUACAACGAGGAAAACAUCUGGUAGAAAACCAACCAAUCCUUUUUCAACUAGUUAUGAACAUGGUCAGAACAAUGAAAAAAGAAAACCCCCAAGUUUCCAGCAAAAGCGUUCAUUCUCAAGUACCAUAUAUGACAGUGAUGAUGAUGAUUCAUUUGAGACUAUGUUUGACCUAGGUGACAUCUUAAAUAGAGGGAAGUAUGGUCGUACUAAAUUUGGAGACAAAUUGAAACAAUCACCAAGAAGAAUGUCGAAUGCUGAACGACCUGAAUGGGAUAAUUCUUGGAAUGAAAGCAAACCCGAUGAUAUGUUUGACUCUAUGUUUGAUGAUUUCAAAGGUGCUAGAUUCAUGAAUGAUGGAAAACAAACCUUUUACACACAUUCAUACUAUAAUAGGAAAAAUGGUAAGCCUACAUUUACCAACGAGGAUAAAGAGUACUAUGAUUGGAAUUGUGAAACUGAGGGGGACACAACUGAUGAGACACUGUACGACUCUUUGGGGAUGUGCAUGUUUUGCAAAAGGACUUUUGAUCCUGAUAUAAUACUGAAACACCAAAGGGUCUGUGCAAGAUUAGGAAAGUCAAGAUUAGCUCGGGACAGUUUUGAUGAGGAGCCAGACCUUACUUCGAGAGGAACAUAUUCCUCGGGAGAGCAGAACAGUACUCGAGGAGUGCAGGAUCUCCCAUUACAUCAGCUUCAAGGUCCUAUAGCUUUGCGGCCACCUCACCUUUGUGGGGUCAGGAGGAUUUUAGAAGUAAUCCUAGUACAAUUUCAAAUGAAAGCUUUUUCCCAAGACCCAGGCCUUAGAGCUGUCAGAAGACAUCGUCUUUCCACAUGGUCAAGCCAUCUGAAGGAAGGAACAGAAUUAAGAUCAUAAGUAAUCACAUGACGAGCGCAUCACAAAGCCUCCAAUCAUGAACAUGAUUAUAUCAAGUGUCAAUAAUGCCUGCGAUGCCAUUCUAAAAAGAAAUCCAAAUUUAGGCAACAAUGAAAAUAAAUAUAUACGCUAACCCUACAUGUAGCUAAUAUUUAUCUUAGUGGUUGUGAUCUCUGAUCUUAUCCUAAAAUGCUUGGACAGCAUUAUAGAAACGCUUAGGACCGUCCAUGUACGACCGUCCAAAUAAAC